AUGAUUCUUGACGUUCUCGAUAUUGCGAUUGAGGGAGAGGUGAACCUGAUCUGGAUUAGCGACUCUGAUUCCUCUUCAGACUCUGCCAACUCUGUGGAUGGUGAUAAUGGUGAUGCUCCUGGUGGCGCUUCUGAUGUUUCUGCUCCUCUUGAGUUGUUUGCUGCUGCUCUUCAGGAGCUUUAUGGAUCUGAUUCUGAUGUUCCUAGUCUUGCCUCUUGA